UAAGCCGCUCUCUGGGUCCCUCUCUGCCCACAAUGCACCGGGGCCAGCAGGAAGGCCGCUCCGACCCCUAAUUUUCCCGCGAAUUCAGUUCAAAGAGGCGGCCGGGCCCGCGAUCGGCAGCGCGCACGGGCCAACCAAGCCGCCCCUCUGCCAGAAGCGCCUCCGCGUGACUGACGGGGGAAUCUGCGGGCCAAUGGGCUGGGCGGCCGGGCGGCGCGCGCUCCCGCCGGCCAAUCAGAGCGCCGGGCGGGGGGAGUGGGCGGAGCGAGAGCCAGCGUAGGGUGAGCAGCCUCCCGAGCAGAGCGGGGCUCUCAGGAGGAGACACUUUUUUUUUUCCUCCCUCCUUUCCCUCCUCUCCUCCUCCCUUCCCUUCCCCUCUCCUCCCCUCUCUCCUCCUUCCCCCCUCGGUCCGCCGGAGCCUGUUGGGGCGAGCGGUCGGCGGUGCAGGCGCUUACUCUCCGGGGCCGCCCGGCGGGUAGCUGGCGGGGAGGAGGCAGGAACCGCGAUGGCGCCUCAGAAGCACGGCGGUGGGGGAGGGGGCGGCUCGGGGCCCAGCGCGGGGUCCGGGGGAGGCGGCUUCGGGGGUUCGGCGGCGGUGGCGGCGGCGGCGACGGCGUCGGGCGGCAAAUCCGGUGGCGGGGGCUGCGGAGGCGGUGGCGGCUACUCGGCCUCUUCCUCCUCCUCGGCGGCGGCCGCGGGGGGGGCCGCGGUGUUGCCGGUGAAGAAGCCGAAAAUGGAGCACGUCCAGGCUGACCACGAGCUCUUCCUCCAGGCCUUUGAGAAACCGACGCAGAUCUAUAGAUUUCUUCGAACUCGAAAUCUUAUAGCACCAAUAUUUUUGCACAGAACUCUUACGUAUAUGUCUCAUCGAAACUCCAGAACAAACAUCAAAAGGAAAACAUUUAAAGUUGAUGAUAUGUUAUCAAAAGUAGAGAAAAUGAGAGGAGAGCAAGAAUCUCAUAGCUUGUCUGCUCAUCUACAGCUUACAUUUACUGGUUUCUUCCAUAAAAAUGAUAAACCAUCACAAAACUCAGAAAAUGAACAAAAUUCUGUUACUCUGGAAGUUCUGCUUGUGAAAGUUUGCCACAAAAAAAGAAAGGAUGUAAGUUGUCCAAUAAGGCAAGUUCCUACAGGUAAAAAGCAGGUGCCUUUGAAUCCUGACCUCAAUCAAACAAAACCUGGAAAUUUCCCGUCCCUUGCAGUUUCCAGUAAUGAAUUUGAACCUAGUAACAGCCACAUGGUGAAGUCUUACUCAUUGCUAUUUCGAGUAACUCGUCCAGGAAGAAGAGAGUUCAAUGGAAUGAUUAAUGGAGAAACCAAUGAAAAUAUUGAUGUGAACGAAGAACUUCCAGCUAGAAGAAAAAGAAAUCGAGAAGAUGGAGAAAAAACAUUUGUUGCCCAAAUGACAGUAUUUGAUAAAAACAGGCGCUUACAGCUUUUAGAUGGGGAAUAUGAAGUAGCCAUGCAGGAAAUGGAAGAAUGUCCAAUAAGCAAGAAAAGAGCAACAUGGGAGACGAUUCUUGAUGGGAAGAGGCUGCCACCAUUUGAAACAUUUUCUCAGGGACCUACGUUGCAGUUCACCCUUCGAUGGACAGGAGAGACCAGUGACAAAUCUACAGCUCCUAUUGCUAAGCCUCUUGCCACUAGAAAUUCAGAGAGUCUCCAUCAAGAAAACAAGCCUGGUUCAGUUAAGCCUACUCAAACUAUUGCUGUUAAGGAAUCAUUGACUUCAGAGCUACAAACAAGAAAAGAAAAAGAUACUUCAAAUGAAAACCGACAAAAAUUACGGAUAUUUUAUCAGUUCCUUUACAACAACAAUACAAGGCAACAAACUGAAGCAAGAGAUGACCUACAUUGCCCUUGGUGCACUCUGAAUUGCCGUAAACUUUAUAGUUUACUCAAGCAUCUUAAACUCUGCCAUAGUAGAUUUAUCUUCAAUUACGUUUAUCAUCCCAAAGGUGCUAGGAUAGAUGUUUCUAUCAAUGAGUGUUAUGAUGGCUCCUAUGCAGGAAACCCUCAGGAUAUUCAUCGUCAACCUGGAUUUGCUUUUAGUCGAAAUGGACCAGUUAAAAGAACACCCAUUACACACAUUCUUGUGUGUAGGCCAAAACGAACAAAAGCAAGUAUGUCUGAAUUUCUUGAAUCUGAAGAUGGUGAGGUGGAACAGCAACGAACUUACAGCAGUGGACACAAUCGGCUUUAUUUCCAUAGUGAUACUUGCUUACCUCUCCGUCCACAGGAAAUGGAAGUAGAUAGUGAAGAUGAAAAAGAUCCUGAAUGGCUACGAGAAAAAACAAUUACACAAAUUGAAGAAUUUUCUGAUGUUAAUGAGGGAGAGAAAGAAGUGAUGAAACUAUGGAAUCUCCAUGUCAUGAAGCAUGGGUUUAUUGCUGACAAUCAAAUGAAUCAUGCCUGUAUGCUGUUUGUAGAAAACUAUGGACAGAAAAUAAUUAAGAAGAAUUUAUGUCGAAACUUCAUGCUUCAUCUAGUCAGCAUGCAUGACUUUAAUCUUAUUAGCAUAAUGUCAAUAGAUAAAGCAGUCACUAAGCUCCGGGAAAUGCAGCAAAAAUUAGAAAAAGGAGAAUCAACUUCCCCUACAAAUGAAGAAAUCACUGAAGAACAAAAUGGAACAACAAAUGGAUUUAGUGAAAUUAAUUCAAAGGAAAAGAUUUUGGAAACGGAUAAUAUCUCAGGGGUUUCAAAACAGAGUAAAAAACAAAAACUCUGAAAAACCCUUACCUUUUGUCAUGGACAUACACUGUAAUUGCAUCCUAGGGACAACCUCUAUGAAGAGUUUCGUUUUUGUUUUUAAUCUUAAAUUCCAAACAGGCACUGUCAGGUGAAGUAAAUGAUUUCAGCAAGGAUAUUUGCAUCAGGGUUCUAUUUCAUUCUCUAGUUUGAGCAUGAAAAGCAAUACUUCAAAUAAUUUUUUUUAUUGUCUUAUGAAAUAAAUUGGUCUGGAGUUAUUUCAUAUUUUAAAAGAAUAAUGGUUUUGCUUUCGUUACUUUUGUUUUGCUAAAAGAAUAAUGGCUGUUUCACUGUUAAAUUAUGAGUGAUUUUCUUGGGGAUGAAAAAUUGGAAUAUGAUUUCCUUUUUUUAAAAAUUGAAGAUUUUGUGAACGUCCACUAUAAUUUGCAGUCAAACCUUGAUCCUUGAUUUUGAAAUCAUUUAUCAAUUUGGAAUGAGAAGUUACAAGAUAAGAUAUUUCAUAUAACUUUAUUUUACAUUUUUUUUUAAAUAGCACUUCUCUAUCUUAUGCCUGUUUAAGAAGAUGUUUGUUUUUCACUUUGUUGACAGUGAAAAUUCAUGUUGGUUUCUAAGAUUACUGACCAUUUGCUUUCAUGUGGAUAAUUUUAGUGCAUUGCUCACCCAGUUAUUUUUGUUGUUUUUUUCCAGCUUGAACAUUUUGUUGAUCUCCCCUCAGGCCUAACACACACACACACACACACACACACACACACACACACACACAAUUAGGUAAUCAUUUGUAAGGUUCAACUAUCCACAUCUUUUAGGAUUAUAAACCAAGGGAAGAAUGAUUUAGAGGUUUUUAACAUGCCAUUUUCAAGGGACGAAAUGUUCACUUUUUCUUUCUUUGCAAGGAUGUCUUUUGUUGUAUUUCAUGAUGAGAAUCUCCAAUACAAAUAAGCUGACUUGAAUUGUUUUGAGCAAUUUUGCCCUGUGUUAUAUGUGUUUUAUGCACAUUUGCAGUUGGAUUUUCUCCAACAGAAAGUGGUUUCACUACUGGCACAUUAACAAGCACCAACACAUUUUAUUCCAACUCCAAGCACUGUGGUUGAGUAACAUCACCUCAAUUUUUUAUUAUCAUUAAAGAUAAUUGCAUUUUCAUAUUCUUUAUUUAUAAAGGAUCAAUGCUGCUGUAAAUACAGGUAUUUUUAAUUUUUUAUUUCAUUCCAUCACCAUCAGAUGCAGUUCCCUAUUUUGUUUAAUGAAGGGAUGUAUAAGCUUUCUAAUGGUGUCUUCAGAAAUUUAUAAAAUGUAAAUACUGAUUUGAUUGGUCUUUAAGAUGUGUUUAACUGUGAGACUAUUUAACUAAUAGUGUGGAUGUAAUUUGUCAUCCAGUAUUAAGUUCUUAGUUGCUGAUUUUUGUGUUUAAACAAUUAGGAAGGAGGGAAACUGCAGCUUUCAUUUCAGACUCCUUGAUUGGUAAGUUCUUAAGUGGUGAGUUACAGUAAACUCUGAUCAUGCCUCUGGAUAGUGGAUCUCGAGCAUUUCUCUCGGGCUUUAAUUUGCUAAAGCUGUGCACAUAUGUAAAAAAAAAAAUAGAUUAUUUUAGGGGAGAUGUAGGUGUAGAAUUAUUGCUUAUGUCAUUUCUUAAGCAGUUAUGCUCUUAAUGCUUAAAAGAAGGCUAGCAUUGUUUGCACAAAAAGUUGGUGAAUCCCUCCCCCAAAUAGUAAUGAAAUUACUUCUGUUGAGUAAACUUUUUAUGUCAUCUUAUAAUAAAAGCUGAAAAAAUCC